CCCCUAGCCUUUGCCCUCAUCCCUCAGUUGCCCAUCAUCUCUAUAAUGUUGGGCCCUACGUCGGCACAGACAAUUGACAACUACUUAACAUAAAAAAUCACUACCAAGUCAUGAAAUCUUUUUUAUGGCCAAAUACGUCUCCACGUGUCACCCGGGUCCCACCAAACAACUAGAUUUCCAUCCCCCUUGCCCCUCUAUAGAUUCAGAAUAAGAUUUCCAUACGACCAUUUGCCAUUUCUAGUUAUUCCAAGCUUCAACUCACACCACUAACUCACCAAGCCUAAUAAUCACCAAACUUAAUUUUUGAUUCCGUUUCGGAAUUUUUUUUUUCUUUCUUUUUUUUUUCCAAAAAAAAAGAGGAUGCCAGGACUCGACGGUGGUGGAACAGGCUGCACAGCCGGAAGUUUGGGUUUGACCACUAACAACCGGGCUUUCCCGGCGGCGUGGGGUUUGGUGGCGGCGAAGCCCUGUGACUACUGCCACACCUCGUCGGCGAUACUGUUUUGUAAGACGGACUCUGCUUUCCUCUGCAUGAACUGCGACGCCAAAAUGCACGCGGCGACUAAAAUCGGUUCCCGGCACGAGCGCGUGUGGAUGUGUGAGGUGUGCGAGCAGGCCCCCGCCGUGGUCACGUGUAAAGCAGACGCCGCCGCGUUGUGCGUUUCCUGCGACCGCGACAUCCACUCCGCCAAUCCCCUGGCUCGGCGCCACGAGCGUAUUCCGGUGGUGCCGUUUUACGAGACGGCCGAGUCCGUGGUCAAGUCAACGGCGGCAUCUUUUUUACUCCCGCCGCCGAAUAACAACAUUAUUACUCCCACUUCCGACGACAUGGACCACUUAGUCAACGUUUCUCAGACGACGACCACGUGCGUGGCGCAUGAUUUCUAUCCUUCUCAUGACGCUGCUGGUGCUGUUUCAGCGUGGACUAAUCAGAAAGCUCAAACUCAUUCAGAUGCUCAGGACAUCAAAUCGAUGGAGUUUUUAUUCUCGGAAUCUGAUAACUACCUUGACUUCGAUUGCCCGAGUUUCCAAAACAAUUACAGCGCUGCAACUGAUGGGGUUGUCCCUGUUCAGACAACAACAAUCAAGCCUCAGUUUCUUCCUUGUAAUAAUCCAACCGAAAAACACUUUGAGAUCGACUUCACAAAAUCCAAUAUCAGUUCUUACAAUCAUCACAGCUACCACGCCGCAUCUAUUAGUCACAGUGUUUCAUCAUCGUCGUUGGAUGUGGGAGUUGUUCCAGAUGGGAGUUCCAUGUCCGAAAUCUCGUACCCAUUUGGGCAAAGUUUGAGCAGCAGCGUUGAUUUGGGUGGUGGAGCGUCAUCUGGUAGUAGUAAUCAAGGAGUUGGUUUGGACAGGGAAGCGAGAGUUUUAAGGUACAGAGAGAAACGGAAGAAUCGGAAAUUCGAGAAGACGAUUCGUUAUGCUUCGAGAAAGGCUUAUGCAGAAACUAGGCCGAGGAUCAAGGGACGGUUUGCGAAGCGGACUGAAACCAUUGAUUCCGACGAUAUUGAUCGGAUGUUGUGUACUAGCCCGGCGACUACUUUCUUCCCGGAAUCAAGAUACGGCGUCGUCCCAUCGUUCUGAUUGGAGGGAAAAUCGAAAUACUAUAGUGCUGUUGUAUAAUUUGUAUUGUGAUGACCUGUAAUAUUAUUGUCAAUUUCCGGGAAGAAAUGCUAAGAUGGAAUAUAUUUUCGUGCGAAUUAUCUUAAAUUUUCACUAACCAAACAUUUUCAAUUGUACAUAUUGAGGAUCUCCAAGGAUCAUGGACAUUUUUUUUUUUCCCCCCGGAAUAAAUAAUUUCAUUAACCCAAUUUAAUCUUA